AUGUUGGCGCGAUCGCGAGCUUCCCUUUCUCCCUCGAAGUUCUCUGAGAAGCGCUUUGAAGAUUUCAGAGAAGCGGAUGCAUAUGCAUCCAAAGAGAAGCCAGUUACAGUUUCAGUAGUUCCAAUUCUUGACGGCGAUAUCAGUGACCUUAAAUGUGUCGGAGGGGAUUAUCCAUUUGGAAAUCUUGCUCCCUUAACUGAUGGCACACUGGCUUCUGCCAGACCAGAUCACUUCUAUGGCUCUCGUCCUGAACAGCUCAAUCGUCAAAUCCGCAAUGAACUGAGCAGCCAGAUUGUUCCUUCAACGCAGGAUGACCUCUCAAUAGCACCAAACUUCUUUUUAGAAGUGAAAGGCCCCGACGGAUCCCUGGCUGUGGCUACACAUCAGGCUUGUUAUGAUGGCGCUCUAGGAGCCCGAGGAAUGCAUUCCCUUCGGUCAUAUGAAGAAGACGAAUCAACCUACGACAACAACACCUAUACUCUUACAUCGACUUAUCAUGGUGGUCAACUCAAGCUAUACACUACUCAUCUCACCAAGCCCAGCGGCCCAGAUUACCGCCCUGAGUAUAUUAUGACUCAGCUCAAUACGUGGGGUAUGACUGGUAAUUUGGAAACUUUUCGGCAAGGAGUGUCGGCAUACAGGAAUGCCCGAGAUUGGGCAAAGGAAAAGAGGGCUGGAGUUAUUAGGGCGGCAAACGAAAGAUUCUCAGAAACUGAGUCUCAAUGUCAUUCUGCAUCUCAGCAUCAGAUGAACUCUGACAUAGCUGCUACAUUAGAUGAUUCCGAUAUUUCAACUGUGACCCAUGAAACCGAGGAUGUGCAAUGGAGCUUUGCUGCUGCAAACAAAGAUGUGGAAGAUGAAACCCAGAUUCUGAACAGAAACCCCAAAAAAUCAAGGGCUAUGCGAGUCGCAUCUGUCAUCGCCGCAAAUAUCAAAAUUCGUAUGAUUUCCUUCAUGUGCCCAAUUUGUGCCAAAAUGGAAUGUAUAACAAUACUCAUAUGUAUAAAACACGGGCAGCGCCCGUGUUUCAGAAGCCUCCCGAAGGGCAUGGAGACGUGCUACGCUGGAGAGAUUUCUAUGUACACAGAGAGAGAAAACAGAAUCCAGGUGGCAACUCUUGAGAAGACUCAGCUCAUUGCAAAGGAUUUUUCUGAGCUGCGCAUCCACUUCUGGCCCGACGUAUGGCCAUUCAUGGUGGGGCUAUAG